UGCUGCCCAGCCGUGACCUUAUGCAGGGCCAACUUUCGUGCCGCGCUUGUUGUUGGACAGGAACAAUUAGACGGGUGCACACCAAGUCGAAUGAGCUUUGUUGUUAUCACAGUAGAUAGUACUUUGAGAACAAGCUUAUAUUUUCUACGUCAUGGCAGGGAACUUCUGGCAAAGCUCACACUAUUUGCAGUGGAUCCUUGACAAACAGGAUUUGAUGAAAGAACGCCAGAAGGACCUGAAGUUUUUGGCAGAAGAAGAAUAUUGGAAAUUGCAGAUCUUUUUUGCCAACGUUAUUCAAGCUUUAGGAGAACACCUGAAGCUUAGACAACAGGUUAUAGCAACCGCUACUGUUUACUUUAAGAGAUUCUAUGCCAGAUAUUCACUUAAAAGUAUAGAUCCGGUUCUCAUGGCUCCAACCUGUGUGUUCUUGGCAUCCAAAGUAGAGGAAUUUGGUGUUGUCUCAAAUACCCGAUUGAUAUCAGCUGCUACUUCUGUAUUAAAAACUAGGUUUUCAUAUGCCUUCCCAAAGGAGUUCCCAUACAGGAUGAAUCAUAUACUGGAAUGUGAAUUCUAUCUAUUAGAACUAAUGGAUUGCUGUUUGAUUGUGUAUCACCCUUAUAGACCUCUUCUCCAGUAUGUACAGGAUAUGGGGCAAGAGGACAUGUUGCUUCCUCUAGCAUGGAGGAUUGUGAAUGACACAUAUAGGACAGACCUCUGUCUCUUGUAUCCACCAUUUAUGAUUGCACUAGCCUGCUUACAUGUUGCUUGUGUGGUGCAGCAAAAGGAUGCAAGGCAGUGGUUUGCUGAGCUUUCUGUGGACAUGGAAAAGAUCCUUGAGAUAAUCAGAGUUAUUUUGAAGUUGUACGACCAGUGGAAGAACUUUGAUGAUAGAAAAGAAAUGGCUGCUAUUCUCAACAAGAUGCCUAAACCAAAGCCUCCUCCAAACAGUGAGAGUGAUCAGAGUUCCAAUGGAAAUCAAAACUCAUCCUACAAUCAAUCGUAGGACAUUCUGGAAGCGAGGACUGUGACCACAAAGGAGAUUUGAGCAGAAUAUAUGUGAAACUGGGAGCAAUAUAUAUAUAUAUAUAUAUAUAUAUAUAUAUAUAUAUAUAAAUUAUUUUUAUAUAUCAGGGGUGAAGAAGUUGGAAGCCUGUUGUGUGGGCCAACUUUUUAUUUUUAUUUUUUUGGGCUACCAUCUCAGAUUUUGCAUUUACACUAAGGGUUUUUAAACAUCUUUGAUUAUAUAGUGGAUGACUGACAUCCCAGUAGAAUUUACAAUGUUGUGUGUCCCUCUUUGACUUUUGAAUGACUGCUUGGAACCGUGAAAACCUUAAAUACCAAAAUUAAUUUGCUAGGUACAAUCAGUAGCAAAAGGAGUGCACUGAAUACAUUUUUUUGUGUGUGUGUUUUCAGAUGGGUUUGUGUACAAUGAUUUGGGUGCUGUAUUGAUAAACUGAAGGAGGCUUUACGCCAGCAAAAUAUGCAGCAUGUAGUUAUAAAAUGAUCUGAAAACACCUUUUCUUAGGUGAUGGUGGUGGAGUUUCCAAUAUGAUGAAACUCACCUUUUUACCUCCAGCACUCUUCUGUACUUGGACAAGUUAUUGUGGACAUAAUUCCAUGUGCUGUAACAAUGCACCAUCUUAUUUGGUGUGAAUUGGUACUGUGCUUUACUUUGUAUGUGUGAGAAUGUGUAAGAAUUAUGCAACAGAGGGGAUUUUUUUUAAGCUAGCAUAAAGAAUGAUAUAAAAAUGGGUCAUACUGGCAUUGCUUGCAUUAGGCAGCCAUACGCUUUCCCUGGCAAGCUACUUAACUCUUCGCACAUUAUCUUUUUGAAACAGACUGGGGUUUAUAUAUGUAUAUAUUUUUUUCUUUACUUGCAAUUAGGUUUUGUUAUAACAAAUGCCCAUUUUGUACGUUAAAUGUAUUUUGAUCAGACAUUCAAAUAAAACUGAACCAGAAGCUAAUUAUAGACAAAAAAUAAUCCUGAUCACAGGUUAACAAAUUCUUCAAAAAUGAAAAAAAUAAAUAAAUAAAUAUCAGUUUGGCAACACCCUAAAAUCAGAUACCCUGAUCAAGACUAUGAUUUAUAAUUGCUAGUGGAUUUACUGUCACUUUUUUUUUUUUUUAAUACCUGUUUGGCGAGGGGGAGAAUAAUGCUGAUUUGCUCUUUGUUGCACAAAGCAGAUAUUUUGCACUAAGGAGGAAAUGGAUGUACUCUACAAAAACAAUAUAUAUAUAUAUAUAUAUAUAUAUAUAUAUAUAUAUAUAUAUAUAUAUAUAUAUAUAUAUAUAUAUAUAUCAAAACCUCUAGAGAAUAAAUAUAAUUCUACAUCUGGAUCUAAUUGGGUAAAUCUAUAAAUUGUGCAUCUAUUCUGUUAUUUCUGUAUCAGAAACACACCAUUUGAAGCAGGUAACUAAUAGUACUUUUCCUUAACACAAUGGUGGUUUUAAUUUAAAUGCUAAUCUGGUUUUAUAAAUAGAGAUUGUUUAAAAUUAUUGAUUGGUUAUUUUGAUGGGUAUUUUUGCAAUUUAAGGGCCCUUUCUGUUGUGGAUGGGAUAACAAUGUAAGCUUCAAAGCUUUCUGGAGAUGGAUACAUAUUUAUGAUGCUGUGUGAUGCAGACAUAAAAAAAUAAUGAUUAUUAUACUUGCCAGCCUGAGUGUGUCUGAAAUGUUAUUUCAGAUGUUAUGGAGUGUUCAUUUUGUUUCAUUUGACUGUGUGUUGGGGCUGUUUCCAACAGUAAAUUCAGUGCUUGCAGUGUCCUACAAAAACGGGAAAUGUGUUUUAUCUUAACUUCUGCCAUUGCACUUAUAAAAUCUAAGCUUGAAUGCCUUAACAGUAAGCUGCUGAUUUUAAUACUUGAAUAUUAAAUAGACUGUGAACCUGUCUAAAAUAGAACUUUUACAACAAUUCAAAUAGGUUGUCGAAAGCAGUGUUUUAAAAUAACCACUGAAGUUAAUUUUAAUUUUGAAGUUAGUUUUAAAUUUGAUGCAAAAGGAGGAGGGUGUCACUUCAGGAUGUAAAUUGUGUUGUUACAUUCCUAAUUGAUAAUUCUCUAGAGUUGUUAUACAACACAUGUUCCUAAAUAUUUUAAUGCUUACCUGAAAACAGUAAAUGCUAAAUUGUAUAAUAUUUUGGUUUAAUAAAUGUUAAAAUAACAACAGACACUUGAAAUGUCCCCUUGUACUGAACAAGAGCGAUCUUAAGCAGAAAUAUUUCUGAUCUUUGCUGCAGCUGGUGUCUUUUGUUGAAGACAUUUUAAAGGAAUCAUGCAGCUCUUUGCAGUGUGUAAUCAUUUAAUGGAAGCAGAUUAAAUGCAGUGUAACAGAUUGUGGGUCAAUAAAGCAAACAAUGCUAUAUUUAUUUAAGUGUUUAAAAAUAUGUAUUUACACUUUUCUUUCAAAAAGGGAAUUUUCACAGGGAACUACUGGCAAUGGGUAAAUUUCACAGAAAUCGUGAAAUCCAUGACAACCAUGAAGAAAAUACAGCCUUAAUUAUGAUAUGCAGUACAACCAGUGUUAUGCAACUAUUUCAAGGUUUAUUUUUUGAUAAUUCCUGCUUCGCCCAUUCAUCCUGGGAAAUGCUGGACCCUGGAAAGAAUAAGCUGUCAGUAUUUCAUUAACAAAAGUGUUUUAGAUAACCCAUGGUAAAAUCCAUGGCAACUCAGAUACAGUGGAGUGUCACACUUUAAAAUCUUCAUAUCUGAAAAACAUGUAUCCAAUUGUGAUGCACCUUGCCUUUACAUAUGUAUGAACGCAAAGCUGACUAGGGCCAGCCUUUUCGUAUCACAUGACUAAUGCGGUUGCAUAGCUCAGUAGCCACUCCCAUAUUCUCAGAUAUGUGAAAGGUAACUAGAAAGCUGAAUAUUCUGCUAGCCAAGACGGGAGUGGAUCAAUAUUGAAUGAUAAUUAUUUCUAUAUCAUAGAACUUCAAUUAUAAAAACAUUAAAACAUAAUCUAGCGGGUUAACGUUCAGGUUGUUUCUUUCACAUAAUAUACGAGCUGCAGUGCAUUCAUAAUUAUGCUUAAUUUGUCACAAUUACCUUUUUUUCCUGUUAUUUAGUAACUAAACAGUAAUGCUGGUGACUUGGCAUAUUCAGCUACCAUUGUAUAUUCUGCAUGCAACGAUGUACAUAGCUACAGAAGUGUGCAUUUUUACAUUCAAAUUCUGAUCAUUUCUUUAGUUGCUUGCUUUUACACACGUAAAAAAAAUACUGUUCUCAUCCACAAAUAUUUAGAUCGCUGAUGCACCAUGUGAGGGCGAGACCCUCACUGUAAUAUUUCAGUGCCUCUUAUUGUGAUUAUUAUUGUUAAUGUUAUUCUACUGGCAAUAGAGCAGUGGUUUAUUAUGCAACGUGCAUGUUGUUGAGUAAAGUGUAUUUUAUAUUUUGAUAUUAUGCUGAUGCAACAGUAAGUUUUACAUCAAUAACUCAUUGGACACAUACAUAAUGUUAUUUACAUUUUAAAUAGUGAGCAGAUAGGUUUGUUGAUUGUUUGAGUAGUAUUGUUCCUUGGGAUAACAAAAUACUGAGCUCAAGUCAUGUGAUUUCAUAAAAACGGCGGUGCAGUUUGAGGGCAAUAUUACUGCUCAGCGAUACAUUGACGAAGUCCUUGAGGUAAAAGUUUUUCCAGUCCUGCUAGGCAAUCUGGAAGUGUCAAUUUACCAGCAGGAGCUUCAGUUUGCAAACUGUUUAACUAGCUAAUGUCUAACUUGGUAGGCAUCAUCCUGGGGAAAAUGGAAUUCAAAUAUGGCAAAAUGGAGUUCUUUCGUAAAACAAGAUGGCGGCCAGACUAAAGCCUAAUGUUUGCAGCAUGGACUUAUAAUCAAUCCUCCAAUUUACAAUAUACAGGCCACUAUUUAUAAGUUUAUAAGGUUGCCAAACUACAAGCACUAAACACAAAGUGGUCAUAUUCAAGCCCAAAUUUGGUUAUUCUACCUAGGUGUCAAAGUUAUAGGAGUUGGAUGUUGUGAAACAUUAAAAAAAAAAAAAAAAAUCAAUAUCGUCAAUGAAAAUAUACUGAAGGUAGGAUUUUUCCAUAUAGGAAAAGUCUUGAUGCAUUCCAGUGGACUCUUGAACAAUACAUGUGUCUGUGCCCAGACUGAAACAGUAUGAGCUAUAAAAGGAUUAGAACGCGUUUGCUCAGGUUCUUCCUGUUCCAAGUAAGCAAUUGGGGGAAAAGGGUAUUUACAUCAUCGUGUUAAUAUUUACCCAAUCUGGUCUUUCAUUCCCUGUCUUUCUCAAAUAAGCUAUUUGAGUUAAAGAGAAGGCAAAAUUAUAAUAUUUCAAGUUUGGCCCCCGUUUGUAAAACCCUGUUUAUUAACUGGACCUUAUAACUUAGUGAGGACUAGCGUUGGUCGUUGGUAUUUUGUGUUUUAUGUUGUAUGUGGUGUGUUAUUGUUGGUGUGUAUAUAUUGGGCUAUGUAGCACAAGUGAUUUAAAAUGUAUAGUUGUAUUUAGGCAUGGGGAUUGCUCACUUCACGUGUAGAUAAAAUGUGUAUUAGUAUGUGGGCACGGGGAUUGAAUAAAUUAGUUCAUGUGCCAGGAUUCAAGUGAAUGAUUAAUUAGCAGUUGAGUUCAAGCACAGCUGUAUAUAUAGAGGCACGAAUCACUCACUCGGGGUUGGGUGUUCAUUGCGGAGAGAACUGGAGAGAGAGUCGGGAGUAAGUUUUAGACAAAUAAAUACAACUGCUAUUCGUGCUGGUUUUACACCAGCGCGAUACUUGUUUUAUUUAGUGUUUCUCCAGUGUUUGUUUUGUCUGUUUUGGCCAUCGUUCCGUUUUAUUUGUAUUUUGAGUAAGUGUUCCGUUUUGUUAAAACUUUUUAUUUAUUAUAAAAAGUCUGCGCACCAGCGCAUUCAUUGCUUCAGUGUGGUGGUUAUCUCUGUUCAUUUCCUGGCCUGACGUCACCCUUAAGUCAUCCGGGUCAUACUCCCUUUCUGUUAUUGUUGGUUAAAAAAAAUCUCUUUGUUCUACAUUAAGUUUUGGUAAUUCGAUCUGGGAAAAUAAGAUAUUAAAAUCUAGUUCCUGAUUUUUAUUCUGAUUGCUAUAGUUUAUGGCAGUAUUCUUUUAAAGGUGGUAUUAAUAGACUUAGUGUCUGUAUGUAGCUGUCCAGUCUCAUCUCUAAUUGCUGGAAUACUGGAGUUAAUUUCUAUAUUUUUAAAUUGGUGUGCUAGUUGUUUGCUUGCUUUUCCCCCUUAUUCAUAAUGGGUUUGUUUUAAUCUGUAUAGUGCAUAUUCUGUUUUUUUUUAUUAUAAAUUGAAUUAAUCUCAAAUUUAGCUUUUGUCAUUUUAUGAAGUUUGUUCUGCAGAAGGAUUACUUCCAAAUGGUGUCUCUAAUUCCUUAAUUUGUCUUUCAAGUUUGCGUACCUUUUCUAAAUCUUAUUUUAUUUGGUGUCAUUUUAAUCAAUUCAUAUAUGCUUUAAAAGCUUCCCAUACCACUGAGCUGUAUUGUGUUGGACCUUUAUUAAUAUUAAAAAAUAAUUCAAUUUCCUUCUGAAAUAUGGCUGUUUGAGCCGAGUCCUGUAAUAUACUAGUAUUUAAAUCGCCAUUUCUGUGAUUUUUCUGGCUUCCUCCCGGCAUCCAUUACAAGAUCCACAUUCACAUGGUCAGAUAUUACAAUAACUCCUACAUCACAUUUACUGACAGCCAUAACUAGAGUUUUGGAGAUUCAAAAAUAGUCAGUUAUAGAUGACGCUUUAUGCACUGUGGAAUACAAUGUAUAAUCCUUUCCUUUUCGGAUUCCCUGGUGUUUGAUUUAUCCAGAAACUACAGCAGGGUGCAAAAUAACCACUAACACCAGAACAUCUGAUCUACAAUCCAUUUGCUCAGCAUCAGCAUCACCCGUUAUGUCACAAUUCAAUUGAAUUCUGUCUAAUCACGUCCUGCGAGAAAGUGAGACAUUAUCAUAAUGUAUUAUUGUUGCCAUUCUUUUUACUGUGCACCUCCCAGCACUAAGCUAUCAGAAAGACGUACUGUAUCAUUGGUUAAUGACGGGCUGUGACAGACAGCAAAUGAAUCCGAGUCAACAGUCUCCCUCCCGAACUGCGAGGGCACGGUAUAAUAGGAACAGUGUGCCCCGGACUGGAUGGUUUGACAGUUCAUUCCAGGGUCAGUUGGAAGCCGGCCAUCCAAAAAGGGGGCGAAGCCACAAUACUAUAAGUCAGCGCCUUGGAGGAGACGCAGUUGCACUCGUUACCAAAGGGGGCGUGACUGAAGGUAUAUCGGGAUGUGGCAGAGCGAUCUGUUCCUUUGUUAUGGUUACGGACGGAUUCCAAAAACUGUAAACUAAACAUGAGUGUUUUUGUGAGUGUUUUGUUUUGUAUUAAUAGUGUUUGCUUUGUAAUUAGUAGAAGGCUAACAACCGGGAGCUGUCGCUGUCAAGCCAGCAUCCAACCCGGAUUAUAAAUACAGCACCAGUCACAAUCACUGUAUUCACCACCAGCGCAGGAGCACCGUGAGAAAGGACUCCGAGCCCUGCCUGUAUUAUUAUUAUUUCGGGACUGAAACCCUGUAUUGUUUAGCUGUGCAAUUACACAUUGCUAUGUAGUUGCCAGCAUUAUUAUUUAACUGUGCCAAACCGUGCAAGAAAUAAAGAACGGUUUGGACCGUGAA